AUGCAUCAUUCAAAGUCAAAUAUACCCGAUCCUCCACAAUUCGUUAAUCCCGAAACUCUGUUUUUGUCAAAUAGGCCACACUUAAAAUCAAUCUUUUCUCAGCACAACCCUCAAGAUAACAAAAUAUCUUUUUCAGAAUUUUGCAAGUUUUGUAAAUAAAUUAAAUUAAACGAUUAAAAUGGUCAUAAGCGGGCAAGCCUAUCCUUUCCCUUGCCUCAGCUCCAAAAUAGCCACCUCCAAAGUCUUGAGCGACGAAAUGGGAAAAUCAGAAGCUGCCAUUUUAGAUUUACCAUCUGAAGCACCUCCCCUAGGGCACAGUCAUCGGUAUGUGGAGUGCCCGAUGAUCCCGAUAAGGGAAGACCAUUUGGUAGGCAAAACCUGCCUAACCCAUCUUGAAGUGACGGAAAACCUUUCUGAGAGAAAAAACUUUAUUUCAGCAAGGAAUCCCCAAACUUGAAGGCCUAUAGUUCAAAAGGGGCAAAGGCCCUGCUUUCAUCUCAUCAGGAUGGGUCCUAUCUGCUCCAUAGUGGGUGCGCCUCGAAGUCCAAAUUCCGUCAACGUCACCAUUUUAUUUCUGCAAAUUUUGUAGGAAUGCCCAAAUAUUUCCCGUAAGCAUAACAUAGGAUUUAAUUUCAAUGCUAGAUAUUAAGCGUGUGGUCACCCGUUCAACACAAUACCAAAAUUCCCGAAGCUCAUUGACUUACCAAAAUUUUGAACUAUGUUUAAAAUACAUCGCAAUCGCCGCAUAUCAAGGUCUAUCCUUAUCAGACAAACUUUGCAAUCUUUUUCAGCAAAUUUCUGCUCCUUGCAAAGAGGCAUACAACGCACAUAUAAUUUUAACAAAGCAGUCAAGGACAAAUACCCCAUUAUCAUGUGAUACUUCUCGGUCCGAAUACGAGGAUAACAGAAACAGCAAUAAAGUCCAAAUGGUUUCGUAUGCAGAAAAGCAGUUUUUAAAACGAAAAACUAUGGACAAUAAUCUAAACUCAGCUUGAGAUAUUAAUACAGCUGCUGUCUCACGCCAAAGUUGUUCACCAAGAGACUCAAAAUCCACAAGUAGAAUAAGAGCUUCACCAAAAAUAGUUCCGAGUUAUUCUAAUAAAACUCUAUCGAAAGAGCCAAGUCCAUUACAAAAUAAAAGCUUGACUACGAAAAGAAAAGAAGGAUAUCAAGCAAUCAGUGAGAUUAAAAAAAUUUCACAAGAGUUUUUAGAAAAAUCGAAAAAUCUAGCUGCUUUCCUAUCUGUAGAUAAGAAACACUAUAGAACGCUAUCAGGAGGGACUUAUAUUUCGCAAAGUCCUAAAUUUGGAGGAGGUUCUACAUUAAUUGCAUUAGAGUCAGAAAGAGAUCUAAAUGUCACUGACAGGAGAUCUAGCAAUAAUAGAAGAUCUAUAGAUUCAAAUUCAGAAUCUAAAGAGAAAAAUAUCGAAAAACUGUUUUUUAAGUUUAGAGAAGGAAUAAAAAAGACCGAAGAAUUGAAGCCAGAUAAAAAAAAUGAACCGUAUAUGACUUCAUUGAGGAAGCAUAGAAAUUACAUCACUAAAGUUAGAAGUAAUGAAUUUUCCGGGGGUAUGGUUAUGAGAAUGAUUUUCACAGCUUGGAAAGGGCUUGUUAAUAGUAAACAUCCGAGUAAUUAA